UACCCGCGCGUACAAAACCCGAUUGUUACUAUUAUACUACUAUCAUACAUACUACUAACUUUUAUCGUUUGUGUCUAUUACAAGCAAAUACAUACUUACUACAUAAAGUAAGAUGGUGAUCUGCGGCAGAUGCAAUGAGGACGUUAACGAGGCGAUCGAAUGCUCUGCAUGCCACAAGCAUUUCGAUUUCCCUUGUUCCGGGAUUACAGAGAAAGGCUACAGAAAACUGGGUGAGCGUCAAACUACUUGGAGGUGUGCAGCUUGCAAGAACAUCGGCCUCGCCAGCACCAACCAGCCACAAUCUUCAAUAACCUCACCAAUUUCACCUUCGGCCAUAACCCUGGACUCCGUAAUGCGUGAAUUAAUUAAUAUUCGCCACGAACUCGCCCCGCUAUCCAGUUUGACAGACGAAAUGAAAAUAAUUCGGAAGCAACUAUGUGAGUUAAAGGAUUUACCAACAAAAGUGAAACUACUCGACGAAAGAUUAACUGUAAUCGAAUCUAUUCGUGAGGAUGUCAUAAACAAUAAGUCGACAGUUUUAGAAUUAAACAACAGUCAUCGCGAUAUGGAUCAGUGGGUCCGCAGCAAUAACCUAGAAAUCAAAGGUGUGCCAGUCAAGAAUAAUGAAAACCUAUUUGAGAUCUUAAACAAAAUAGGUACAGUUAUCUCAUAUCCUAUCUCAAAAAACCAAAUCAACUUCUUACACCGAGUACCAUCUAAUUCGACUGAUAUAAAGAAUAUAGUUGUGUCAUUCUUAUGCCGUUACGUCAAGGAAGACUUCCUAGCAGCAGCCCGCUCCCGCAAGCAACCCUUACUUCCAGCUGACAUAGGAUUGACCGGAUCUGGAAGGAUUUAUUUAAACGACCAUCUGACGGUCAGAAACAAAAUGCUGCUCACACAAACCAAGACAAUUGCCAAGAAACACAACUAUCAAUAUGUCUGGGUCAAACAUGCGAAGAUAUUUGUGCGACGAGACCAAACCUCAAAAUCAUUUGUUAUCACUUCAGAAGGCGACCUGCAAAAAAUACACUAAAAUUAUCAAUGUUUUCUUGCUUCAUGCCCUAUUUGACCAGUGAGAUUAUAGUACUAUUUUUAUUACAUAACAUCUUUCAUCACUAUCUAAGUGCUAUAGACAUUGUAACACUAAUGUGUGUCCUUUGUAUUAACACAAUAUUACUACUAACUCCUGUCAGAUUACUCUGUUUAGUGCACAAUUAUUAUUAUUUUCCAAACUUAAUGUUGACUGUUCUGUCAGCUGAUCAUACAUUGUAUUGUGUUCCUUUUCUUCUAACCUUGUCUACAGUUUUGGUUAUGCAUAU